UGAUAUACUACUCCAUUUUCACCGACACAAUUCCUUCUACCUUUCCUCACGAUGGAAGCGAUUAAAAGCACAACAUUAAUAGGCAUAAUUAAAAAGCCACUGUUUCCGACAAUAUUGGUCACCUCCAUCGCCUUGGUGGGCUCCUAUUUUCGCAAACAACCUGAAGAGGGGAGUGUCGACUUCACUAUAGACCCCAUUUUCGAUGUACCUCGCCCUCCGGUCACGCUCACAUAUUCCCAAACCAACAACAUCAUAUGCAUGGUAUUGAUGACUGCUACUGGACUACUUGCGGUUGUUCUUGGAGCCCGGGAUGCUCGCCGUUCUCGAACGCUUCUACCACUUAUUCUACCACUUAGUGGUGCUAUGAUCGCAUUCCCAGAAACAUUUAUCGACGUUCUGGGUUGUAUUUACUAUCCGUGGACAGAGAAAAACGCCUCAUUCCAUAUCAUAGGUCGUGAAAUGCCUCCAUGGAUCCCCAUCUGGUUUGGAUACGGCUCCUUAAUGCAGAUUCAGCUCGAGCUCCUGCAGAAGAAGACAGCAACCAAAAAUCUGUGGUGGUUUCUUGGCCUGAUGAUGGGCUCUGAUCUCAUUAUCGAAGAGAUUCUCCUGCCGAUGGGAGUCUACCACUACUACGGAAACCAGCCACUUAUUGUCCUUAAUAUGUUCCCCUGGUGGUGGAUGGCCACAAACUCCGUGGGCGUUUUUCUUGCGACUGCGCUCGCCUACCGAUUCCGACGAACUCUCGUGGGAUGGAAAGUCUUGGCCGUAUUCUUCCUUACACCAAUGUCCGUUGGUGGGGUCUAUGGAUUUAUUGCAUUUCCUGCUUGGGUUGCAGUCAACGGUGCCUGGGGAUGGCUCGUUACCCAGUUACUUGGGUUGUUGACAAUGUGCUUUGGAUUUGCGUUAUUCUGCAUCAUCUUACAACUCGUUCUUGAACGCGAUCCGUUUGAGAUGAAGGGAACUGGAAAUUACGGAGACGAAGAAGUACCAGCAGAGUCUGAACGCGAUACAUAUUGCGAUUGAGGACAACACAUAAUUCAACCAGACUCAUCUUUGGAGAUGUUAGAAUAGAUUACGUAGCCUUUUUUCUACGAGAAUUUGAACCUGCCAUGCAAGAAGAAAGAAAAAGGGAUGGGAACUAAGUUCAUAAAGCGCCAUACACCAACCUUGACCCUUUGGAGGCACCGUUUUGAUGCAUGUUCCAGGUUAAGCCAGACGGGUCCGUUGGAUACCUCUUUGGC